AUGUUUCUGUCCACGGUCAUCUUUGCCAAGAGCAAGUCAAAAACCAUUCUGGUGAAAAUGCUGAGCCAAGCUGGGACAGGUUACUCCUUCAACACUAAAAGAAGCCGACUACGGGAGAAACUGACUCUCUUGCAUUAUGAUCCAAUUGUGAAAACAAAAGUCCUCUUUGUGGAACAGAAGAAAAUACGUUCCCUCUAA